GUCAUCGAGAAAUUGUUCUGGCUGCUAACCUUCAUAUUAAGCGUGGCGCUGUGUUUUCUAUUAAUACGCAAUGUUUGGAUGAAAUGGCAAACGAGUCCUGUCAUAGUCAGUUUCAGUGAAAAAUUCGUGCCUGUCGAAAUGGUCCCCUUCCCGUCUGUGACAAUAUGUCCGGACAUAAAAAAUCGGGCAUCGGUAUAUAAUCAUUCGUCUGAAGUCUCGAUGUUGAACCACGAGAACAAUUCUUACAUUGAACAAUACUCGUAUAAAAAUUUGUCUGUGGACAUUAUGAAAGCGUUGGAAAAAGCACAAGACAUAGCCCUCAUUUGUGAGGUGCAACAGAUGUACCCGACGUUUUCUCUAGACAGGCAAACGGGUAAUGCCACAAUUGUUGAAAAUAUAUUAAAGGUGUCUCCAUCGGUUUCGGAUUAUAUUUUUCAUUGUGCUUGGCGUGGUGUCCCAGCGAUCGACUGCAGCGAAAUGUUUUCUACUGUAUUAACUGAACAAGGCGUAUGUUUCAAUUUCAAUUCAUUGGCGGCCAAUGAAAUAUUUCGUCAGAAAAAUAUACAAAAACAGUAUAACUAUAGUGAUGCUUCGACAACAAGUAAAUAUUGGAGUUUAGAUGGAGGAUACCAAAAAAAUCGAGGCCCUUAUCCACGGCGUGGAGUGAUUUCAGGAUCCAUUUACGAUUUGACCGUUAUCCUUCAAGCACCCAAACAAGAUCCGGAUGAAACAUGCAAUGGUGGCCUCAAAGGAUCUAAAAUUUUCGUGCAACAUCCAGCUGAUCACCCGCAAUCAUCGCUGUAUUACUACGCGUCACUGCCCGGCCAAGUCUCAUCUGUGGCCCUAAAAUUUAACAUGAUCAGUACUUCUAAUAGUUUAAAAAGUUACAGUCCCGAAGUACGUCAGUGUUAUUUCCAACAUGAAAGGUAUUUGCGAUAUUUCAAAAUAUACACUUCAAAAAACUGCAGAUUGGAGUGUCAAGCGAAUUAUACUUUUAAAAAAUGUGGAUGCGUCUGGUUUCAUAUGCCGCAUAAUGACAGCGAAUCUAUUUGCACUGUAAAUAAAUUGGACUGCAUUAAAAAAGCUAUAGAUGAAUUCACCAAUGAGAUAUUUGAUGAUUUUGUAGAAGAUGAACCCGAUCCGUGCUUAUGUUUACCACCAUGUGACCAGAUCUCCUACGAUGCAGAAAUCCUCAAGACUGAUUUCAAUUUUAGUUCAAUAAUAAAUCAAUUUCAGAAAUUAGCUGAAAUCGACCUGUCUAAUCUUAUUGAGAGUUACGAUUAUUCUCGAAUUGACAUCUACUUCAAAGAGCCGAGAUUUGCAUCAAUGCGACGAUCAGAACUGUUUGGCCUGACAGAUUUUCUCGCUAAUUGUGGUGGCUUACUCGGACUGUUUCUCGGAUUUUCUGUCCUCAGCCUUAUUGAAAUUAUAUAUUUUUGUACAUUAAGACUUGGAUUUACUUUGAAGAAAGAUUUAGAUCAAGAGAAAAGCACGCUAAGGAAGGACAAAGUUAAUGAUGCAGAAACGAAUGCAUCUGAAUGAAAUAAACUAAAGGGAAAAAAUAAACAUGGAUACUAGCGAUCGUAUUAUAGUACUUUGAUUGUAAUUAAAUUUUACAAGUAUUGUAUGAAAACUUUAAUAGUUAAAGACCAAAAACUAAACUAGACAUAUGAAAAGUCUUAACCAUGUACAAUUACUUCAUCAAUAUAUUGGUAUACAAAAUAAAUUUUACAUACCAGUAUUUUGGUGAAACAUAUAGCUCGAUGUAUACACAAUCUAAUAUCUAACGUAAUCAUGUUUAAUGCAAAUAAAGAACUUGAAUUCGAAAACUGAUAUAGUAGAAAAAAAGA